GAGGAGGAGGAGGAGGAGGAGGAGGAGGAGGAAGAGGAGGAGAAGGAGGAGGAGGAGGAGGAGGAGGAGGAGGAGGAGGAGGAGGAGGAGGAGGAGGAGGAGGAGAAGGAGGAGGAGAGGAGGAGGAAAAGGAAGGGAGGAGGAAGGGAGGAGGAGGAGGAGUAGGAGGAGGAGGAGGAGGAGGAGGAAGAAGAGGAGGAGGAGGAGGAGGAGGAGGAGGAGGAGGAGGAAGAAGAGAAGGAAGGGAGGAGGAAGAGAAGGAAGAGGAGGAGGAAGGGAGGAGGAGGGGAGGAGGAGGAGGAGGAGGAGGAGGCGGAGGAGGAGGAGGAGGAGGAGGAGGAGGAGGAGGAGGCGGAGGAGGAGGAGGAGGAGGAAGAAGAGAAGGAAGGGGAGGAAGAGAAGGAGGAGGAGGAGGAGGGAGGAGGAGGGGAGAAGGAGGAGGAGGAGGAGGAAGAGGAGAAGGAAGGGAGGGAGGGGGAGGAGGAGGAGGAGGAGGAGGAGGAGGAGGAGGAGGAGGAGGAGGAGGAGGAGGAGGAGAAGUUUGUCAGCCGGAAGCACCCUCGCCUCCACGCAGAGCACAUUGAAGGAAAUUCAUGCGAAGUGUUACACAGCGCAGACACGCGCUGGAGAAUCAUAAUUUGCCUACUGUUCAUCGCACAACGUGUUUCAAGUGGUGAAAUCUAUACAAAUGUGAGUGGUGGUGUAGUGACUAGUGAGGUGUGUGUUGACAUGGCUGAACGAUAUAUUAUACCGGACGAACGGAUAAGCACAGCAAAGAUAAGAUAUUCAAGUGUUGAACUAAAGAAGCUACGGUACAAGUGCGGCGUUAUUGGCGUAAGUGAGACAUGGUUUUCAAGAAACAAACCAGCAGAAUUAUAUAUGCUGCCUGGGUACGAGUUGAUACACCAAGAUCGUGAAACGAGAGGAGGGGGCGUGGCGCUAUACGUUAAAUAUGAACUUGCAUUAAGAAACACAAAUAUUGUUGUACCGGAUAAUUUAGAAUGCGUAUGGACGAUGAUUGAGCAAAACUUUCCCUACCACGUGAAGAAACUCUUUGUAUGUUGCCUAUACCACCCACCAAAUGCACCCUCACACGACGAGUUGCUGGAGCAUCUCGUCACCACUGUGGAUGCUGUGCGAUCGACAUAUAGUGACACUCGUAUAGUAAUACUCGGUGACUGCAAUGAUCUGGAUGUGAACUAUCUAACAACACAACUUAGACUUCGAUGUGUCGUCACAACACCUACUCACGGGAACUCUACAAUCGAUCUUAUUUUAACGGACGCUGAAUUUUACAUAAAUAGCGAAACACAACCACCCAUAGGAUUGAGCCGUCAUCUAUGUGUAGUGAGUCGUCCCGAUGUCCAGCCCGAACAACCUACUUACAGCGUUCGAACGUUUAGACCCUUCCUGGAUUCAUCUGUACGCCAAUUUGGUCAGUGGAUCACGCAUGAGGAGUGGAGGGAUGUGUUAGCAACGAGCGAUGCCGACGAAGCAGCAGACACGAUGGAGAGGGUACUGUUGGAGCGGUACGAGGCGUAUUUCCCGGAACGACGCCAGAGGAUGAGGAAGGAAAACAAACCUUGGAUCACCGCGAGGAUCCUGCGACUCAUGGACGCGAGGCGACGCGCGUACGACCGUGGCAACUUGGAUCGCUGGAGAGAGUUGUAUCGCCAAAUCAAGUGUGAAAUUAAAAAUACCAAACGACAAGUAGGACUUAAUAUACAACAAAAUGAUAUUAGUUCCCCUAAAUUUUCCAUGAACGUUAAAGGUAUCUUAGGAGGCCAAAAGAAACCCCUUAAAAUACCCGUUUUGAGCCAUCUUACCAAUAUUGAAAUUUGCAAUACUAUCAAAUCACACUUUACCAAUAUUUGCACACAUUUACCCCCGAUUGACCCAUUGCAAAUUCCUAGUUUUUUACCGGCCUGCGAACCGCCAGUAAUAGACAGAAUAACUGUAUAUAAAGCACUUUUAUCCCUUAAAGCAAACAAAGCCUCACCACCGGGCUCGUUACCUAAGAAACUUUUGCAUGAAUUUGCGUAUGAAAUCAGUGAGCCUUUCACACAUGUAAUUAAAUUAAGUAUUGAGAGUGGUAUCUUCCCUCGUAAAUGGAAAGGGGCCACCAUCACCCCAUUGGCCAAAAAAAGAACAGUUACUGAAUUAGGUGAUCUACGUCCCCUUUCCCUUACCCCCGAUUUUGGUAAAAUCUUAGAAGGUUUUGUAGCCCAACUAGUUCUCCAAGAUAUUAGACCAAAUUUAGACCCUAAACAGUAUGGCAAUCUAAAGGGGAAGUCACCUUCCCAUUAUAUGACCUCUUUUCUUGACACAAUUUUGAAAGCCUUAGACAAACCCAAGAAAAUUGCCCAAAUUGUUCUGAUAGAUUUCAAAAAGGCUUUCGAUUUUGUAGACCACACAGUUGCCAUCAGAGAACUCUUUCUUUUAGGUUGCCGUCCCCACCUUCUAGCAUUUGUCAAAAGCUUUUUAUCAGAACGACAACACAGGGUACGCUAUCAGGAUACUCUCUCUGACUGGGACAGCAUCACGUGCGGUGUACCUCAGGGCACCCGGCUCGGCCCAGUCAUCUUCCUAGCCAUUAUUGACAGGUUGUGUAGGAACACUGAUAUGCGAGCUAAAUAUGUCGAUGAUUUAACCCUUGCUGAGAUAGUCGAUGUAAACAAUGAAACUCACUUCACUAUGCCAAAUCUAUUGAAUGAACUUUCAGAAGGUUGUGCAUAUAACAAAAUGACCCCAAAUCCAAUGAAAUGCGAAGUACUGCAUGUGUGUCCAUCUAAACGACCCAUUGUGUUCCCUGAACUCACUCUAGAUAACUUCCCCUUGCCUAUUGUUAAUCAUUGUAAAUUAUUAGGGAUCCACAUCAACUCACAACUAAAUUGGGAUGAUCACAUCGAUUAUAUAACGUCUAAGGCCAGCAGAAACUUGUUUAUAUUAUAUAGGGCAAAGCAAUUCAACUUCAAUCAAAAUGUAUUAUUCACACUGUAUAGUUGGUUUAUAAGGACGAUUUUGGAAUACGCAGCACCUGUGUGGCAUCCGGGACUCAAACAGGCCCAACACACUCGCCUGGAAAGAAUUCAAAAACGCUGCUUACGCAUAAUAUUGUCACCAAAUUAUGUCGAUUAUAACGACGCCCUUAAUCAACUGAGAUGUGACUCCCUAUACCAGAGACGAGAGGACCUUACACUCCGUUUUGGUAAAUCCCUCCUAGAGUCAAAUGAAUUCAGACACCUCCUCCCACAGUACCUGCACGAAAUCCAUGGUAACAGUGACAAGAAUGACAAUUACUUGACACAAGACACUCAGACGCAGCGACGCCGUUACAGAACGACUGACGUGAAGCGACGAAGUUAA